UCCACAUUGACCAACUCUCUUCCCUCAAACCCACAUUGCACGCCGCGGCACCAUUCCCCGCUCACACUUAAAUUUCAGUUAAUUUCAUCGCUAUAAAUUUGGCUCAAUUGCUUCUUAACUCCAUCAAUACAAUUCUCCUCUCCCGCUUCUCCCCUCCAACAAACCAACAUACAUUCCAGUUCGAUCAUUGAAUCCAACUCCCCCUUCAACAAAAUCCAGAAGCAGGCAAGCUCAUGAUCAUCUCUUAACGAUCCAACCGCUUAAUCUUCUCCACCAGAUGAUCGCCUCGUCGGCGGCGAGCUUCCUCCAAGCCACCGCGGUUAGCUUCUUCAUCCUCAUCCUCAUCCGCACAAUCCUCUCCUUCAAAUCCCUCAUUCAUCUUCUAAACAGAUUCCAGCAAUGGUUCGAAGAUCGAACUCAGUCCUAUCAGACCUUCAAAAUCCCCCUGUACAACAACGAUGGCUUGCAACAAAACCCCCUUCACCGCAAAGCCGCAGCUUACACCGCCACCCUCUCCGCCGUCGAAGAUUCUGAUGUAACCAACUUAUUUUCAUCUAACCUUCGCUCGAACGAGUUCUCCGCUCGCCUAGCUCCAGGCCAAACCGUCCAAGAUUCGUUUCUCAAUGCCCGCCUCUCAUGGACUUCCAAUGCCGACGGCGAUCUCGUCCUCCGCCUCCGUCGUCAGGAUCGGUACCGUGUUCUCCGGCCAUAUCUCCAGCACGUGGAGAACACCGCUGAGGAGAUCGAGAUACGUCGGAUGGAGAUUAGGCUGUACACGAAUUCCCCUGCUCAGAGAUGGAGAGGGGUAGGGAUGACGCACCCCGCCACUCUGGAAACAGUGGUGAUGGAUCCAGUUGUGAAAUCACGAGUUAAAGCGGAUCUGGAGUCGUUUCUAAAGGGGCGCAGCUACUACGCUCGGCUCGGCCGAGUGUGGAAGCGUAGCUACCUUCUGCAAGGCGCACCGGGAACGGGAAAAUCAAGCUUCGCCGCUGCGAUGGCACGUUACCUCCGCUACAAUGUCUACGAUCUCGAUCUCUCCCUCGUCUCCAACUCCGCCGAUCUCCGGUUUCUUCUCCUUAACACGACACCGCGAUCCCUUAUUCUGGUCGAGGAUCUUGACCGCUAUUACGCGAGGUCAUGGAUGCUGAAUUUCAUGGACGGUGUGUUCUCCUGCUGCGGGGAGGAACGGGUGAUGGUCUGCACUGUCAGCGGAAGGAGAGGGGUAGAUGCGAUUGAUGACCCGGCGGUCAUUAGGCCUGGUCGGAUCGACGUCCGGAUCCAUUUUCCUCUCUGUGAUUUCACGGCGUUCAAGACUCUGGCCAGUUGUUACCUGGGAUUGAAGGAUCACAAGCUGUACGAGGAAGUGGAAGAGGGGUUUCAGAGCGGCGGGCGUAUCAGUCCGGCGGAGGUAGGGGAGAUCAUGAUCGCGAACAGAGGAUCGUCGACACGAGCAAUAAAGUCGGUUAUUAAUGCCUUACACAGGUCGGUGUCGUCUGGUGCGGUGGAGAGGAUGUCUAGGGUUAGGGAUGGAGGGUUUGGAGUGCGUGGUAUUGGGAAAAGGAAGGAGGCGACGGUGAGGGAGUUGAGGAAGUUAUAUGGUUAUAUUCGGUUGCGGAGCGCCAUUAGAAGGGAAGGGAGGACGCCGACGGGGUUUUCUGAGGCCGCCGGAGAAUCGGAGAAUGGCAGUUGAAGAUGUUUAUUGCUCUGCAAUUCUUUUUUUUUUUUUUUUGGGAAUUUUAAAGACUUCUUUGAUCCCUUUGGGCCGCACUACCUUUGUUUGUGUUUCAUCAAAAAGAGGAUUUUUAAAGAUGGAGCUUGAUUGCUCAAACUUUAUUUAAAAAAAGAG